UGGUUUAUGCCACCCACAGAGGAAUGGCCGGAUUAGGCAGGCCGGGCGGUGAAAUGAGUUCAGCCUUCGGAAGGGGUCGCGGGCGGCUAAAGAGCAUCCGAGCGUCUAAAAUUGCAGUUCACAGGUGGCGCUGGGGGUUUCCCUUGGACCAUCACCAGCUCUCGUGUGUUGCCCUCUGCUCAGCUAUUAAUUGCUUCAAGAUGGAUCUCCUUUGCUAGCCUCGGUGGUUUCUCCGGCUCAGAAGUGCCUCACGCUUCUACGUGCCUUCGCAUAUAGACUCGCCUCCGUCUCAUCUCCUUUUCCUUCUACCCUUGCGCCUCAAUCAACGUCCUAUACCCUCCUCCUCGCUUACUGUCCUCCAAAGGUCUACGAACAUACUAUGCCAGCCUCCAAUAUGCCUCAGACAUAUUGUCCCUGUCCCCGGCCCAUCCUCAAGCGGUCCUCUACCACUCCCCACCAGCACGAGUACGCCGUGUCCCUCACCCGUGACGAGUCAGGUCAGCUCCUUGCAAUCGACCCCUCUAUCCUCAGCCCUCUUGUCCGCUUCCCCCCUUCACCGACUCUCACGCGUACCUUCAAGACACACUCCCCCUCCACAUACGACCGCUCCCCUAUCGUCGUCUCGCCAAAUCAAUGUUCGUUACCUGAGCGAGGUUGUCCGGGCAGGACCUAUUUGCCGGGCGCACCUUCUGCAACCUCCUCUUCAUCUUCCUCCCACAGGCUAUCAACCUCUAGUCGAGGCUACACUGGGAAGCAUCUUCACCCUCGCGCACGUAUGGAUGUGCAGGCAUCAUAUCCGUAUGAGGACGAAGACGACGAAGAUAAUGACCUGACUCCCAAAGCGACCCCUACUGCCUACUUCCAUCCUCUUCCCCCACUCAUACCUGACCUCUCUUCGUCGUCAGAGUCUGAGGAGUCCGAUGGCGCGACAAGUCCCCCGUCGGCGGAUGCUUCGCUAGAGUUCUCAACGCUUUGCAUAUCACCGAUAUCCAGCAGACAGUCGUCGUUCUUGCCACACCCGCGAACAUACCCUCCGUCGAAUUCCAACCCCUCAACGUCGCCCACAACGCCGACGUCGUCGAAUUCUUCGUCGCCACGUCCCAUCCCUUCAUCCUCCUCGAAUAGCAGAAGACAUCUCUCACCGACCCGUCCAAAACGCACUCGAGGACAUCCGCCAAUAACCUCUUCGAGUCCACCGUCAGCGUCUGCUGCUGCUUCAGGAGACGUCCUAGUCUCCCCUCUCGAGCCAAGGUAUAAGACGUUCUCAGAAAAGAGUAUGCUCAACGGCUGUUCGCUGCCUGUCCCUGACAUGGGUUGCUUCGGCGGCUUCUGAGUGUGUUCGCUGUCAGAUGUGGGCGUCAGCUCAUCAU